UUGGUCGUGCGGCAGUUAGGUCGCGCGGCAGCUACGCGUGCGGCAGUUAGGUCCUGUGGCAGAUUUCUGCGCGGCAGCUACGCGUGCGGCAGAUUUCCGCGCGGCAGCUACGCGUGCGGCAGCUGGGUCCUGUGGCCGAUUUCCGCGCGGCGGGUACGCGUGCGGCAGAUUUCCGCGCGGCAGCUACGCGUGCGGCAGGUAUCCGCGCGGCAACUCGGCGUGCCGAAGCUCGGCGCGCGGCAUCAGGGCGCCGCGCCUGACCGCCUUCUCUCCCCGGUCCCGGCCCACGACUUUACUCUCACCCCGGGCCCUCACAUCCGCAUGGAAACGGACCGUCUGUUGGCCGGGGGCGGGCAUGGGGACGACGGAGAGCCGUCCCGGGCCGCCGGUGCCCGGCGGAUGUCCUACUCCGCCGCGGCGGAUUCGUGCAGCUGCGACGGGAGCUCAGGUGAGGAGGAUAACUACAUCCAGCAGGCUGUGGUGCUGAUAGAAGAUGCCAUUCAUUACCGCUCCAUCAAUCACCGGGUGGAUGCCCGCUCCCUCCACCUGUAUCGAUGGUACUAUUCCAGAGUAUGCCAGUGGCUACUCGGUUUGACCAUUGCAGUGGUACUGCUGCUGGCAUUUGUGGAGCGCCCGUCCUCCCUGUCAGUCUCCUCAGACCCUCGCCAUCGAUCCGUGUCCUGGGAGCCUCCAUGCGGCCUCACCGAGAGCAUAGAGAUGAUCUGCCUCUCCAUCUUCUGUCUUGAUCUCGCUGUCAAGAGCUACUUGAUUGGCUGGGAGGAAUUCAGGAAAAGCAAAUGGCUGAUCAGCUACACCGUAGUGAUUUCGGUCUCCGUCAUUGACUGGGUGCUGUCUAUCAGCAUGGUGUGUGACGAGAAACUUAGAGUGCGGAGGCUGAUCCGACCAUUCUUCCUGCUGCAGAACUCCUCUCUAAUGAAAAAGACUUUAAAGUGCAUCAACAGGACUCUGCCGGAGAUAGCCAGUGUCAUCCUGCUGCUGGCGCUGCACCUCUGCCUCUUCACCAUGAUCGGCAUGCUGCUGUUCGCUAAAACCGACGACCCAAAGAAGAACGGGGAGUGGGAGUUGCAUUUCAGAGACCUGCCUAGCUCCCUCACUUCUCUGCUGGUGCUGCUCACCACGGCCAACAACCCGGAUGUGAUGAUCCCGGCCUACUCCCAGCACAGAGGAUACGCCAUUUUCUUCAUCGCCUUCAGUGUAAUCGGAACCUACUGUCUGAUGAACUUACUGACGGCCAUCAUCUAUAACCAGUUCAGGGGCUACUUACUGAUGUCAGUUCAGACGUCCAUCACCAGGAGAAGGUUGGGGAUCCGAGCAGCUUUCCAGGUUCUCAGCUGUCACAGAGUCCAAGAAGCUUCCCAAAAACUGGUCGGCGUCGACGACGUGCUGGAGGUGAUGGCCAGGGUCAAGAUGCAGAGCUACUACAGAGCAGCCAUCACCACGAUGGCUCGGCAGCAUGCGGACGCCGGCCACAUGGACAGAGAGCAGUUCACAAAGAUCUUCGACGAACUGGAUAAAGAUCGCAUCAAAGAGCACCCUCCUCUGCCUCAGUACAGGUCAGCGGUCCUGCAGAGGUUCCAGGUGAUCUUCAGCCACUUCUACCUCUCCGUCCUGGGGAAUGCGGUGGCCCUGGCCAACAUCCUGUGCAUAUGCACGGUCCUGGUGUUGAACUCUGAGAAGUCCACCGCAGAGAGAGACAACUACCUACUGGGGAUCAUCAACCUGUGCUUCAUCCUCUAUUACCUGUUUGAAAUGUGUGCCAAGAUCUUUGCUUUUGGCUGGAGAGGAUACCUGUCCUAUAGAAACAACCUCUUCGACGGCCUCCUCACCACCCUGCUGAUGAUCCUACAGAUUGCCAUAUAUAUCACCUACAUGAUUCCUAACUCUCACAGGGAUCCCUCCUCUCAAGAUGGGAUGCCUCUGUGGGAGAUGGUCCGACUGGUCAACAUGCUGAUAGUUUUCCGGUUCCUUCGCAUCAUCCCUGACAUCAAGCUCAUGACUCUGGUGGCGAGCACGCUGCUGGAUCUGGUGAAGAACCUCAGAGCGUUUGCAGGGAUUCUGGUGGUGGUGUACUAUGUGUUUGCUGUAUUUGGGAUCUGGCUGUUUGAGGGCGCCAUCAAACCUCCUCCGGAGACCAGUGGGCCCUCCAACACGUCCAUGGAGAACAUCACCACUAACUUCACCAUGGAGUGUGGCACAUACGAACAGCUGGGCUACUGGCCCAACAAUUUUGAUGACUUUGCCGCAGCCAUCAUUUUGCUGUAUGAUGUGAUGAUAGUCAACAACUGGCAGGCCUUCAUGGAAGCAUACAGCAGAUACACCACGGAGUGGUCCAAAGUCUACUUUGUCUGUUGGUGGCUCACCUCCUCCGUGAUGUGGGUCAACCUGUUCGUGGCGCUCAUCCUAGAGAACUUCAUCUACAAGUGGGACCGCAGUUGCAGCUGCUCGAUCACGGACGUGGAGAGGAUCAGAUAUCAAACAUCUGUCCAGCUCAUGUUCAAAGAGCAAAUCCAAGAGCCAACAGAGGAAGAACUACUCUGUCAGCUGCACCAGCACCCCCACUUACAUCUUCGCUGGUGACAAAAGCACACCCGAGGGUCAAGCCGGCUCCUCCAGGAUGACGCAGCCAAUCGGUUGAGGUCAACGUCCGACCGGUCUGCGCAAUUCCUCAUUUUAACCACCUCAUCGACACUUUUUGAUGCUCACACAUGAAACAUGACCAGUUGUGCCUGAGAAGACCCUUCUGCACAGAGGAGUGCCAAAUCCACGUGACUGUGAAACGAAGACAAAGAACAACAAACCAGAAGCCAAAAAGAAGCGUUCAAAGGCCCACUGGACCGGACUUUUUCUUUAGACGUUGGACAACCACAGUCUGGGUUGUUCUGAUUUUCGUCUGAUAAAUGGUGCUUUAAAAAAAAAAACUCCACUCCACACCAGCAACUGAAUGACGCAAUUUUAACUGUUUCCAGAAAAAUAACUAAGUUUAAUAGACUACUAUAGAGUUAAGCAUCUCUAUAAAACUUAUUGAUGUGGUUUCACUCAUUUAUGAAGUGCCUUUCAGUUUAAUUAGUGAGAAAUGGCAGAACUGUGCCAUUAGUUCCCAGGCAGCAGGAAAUAGGGAGCAACUUAUUUAACCAGAAUUGGUUUUGUUUGGAAUACUGUAAGUGACUGAGGUUAUUUUCUAUGAAUGUUUUAACCCAUGCUACCUGGAAGAAAUGUGCCUUAACAGUACAGACAUGCAACCUUUCAUCAAGUCUUUCCAGCUCCAUGAGGCCCACAUUGUCAAUUUACGAUUUAUCCUGUCCACGUUUUUCUACAUUUACCUUAAAAAAUGUACCAGUCUUGCAUAGUUCAAUUUAGACUUUUUUCUAAAAUUCUAAACAAAAAGCAAGCAGUGGUUUCUCAAGGAAAAAAAAGUCUGACUUUCCAUUAAGUCACACUAACAUUUGAGUGUUUUUGGAAUGCUCUCAAAGACAAAAAUGGACCUGAAGCCCAUAUGAAAUUUCCUGGUGAAAGUUAGCAUGAUAUUUUAACUCAGAAAUUCAGCUUUGAAUAUCUUCAAGACCGGACACAUCUAAGAACAUUUAGAGUUAAAGUGUUGAAACACAAAAAUGCACGUUCCAGUGCCAUGUAAGGCCACAUGCUGUAAGGAACAGUAAGUGUGUGACCAUAUCCACCAGAAAGCAUUUAUACACACAUAUUGUUAACAGGAGCAAAAGGGAAAAGCCCACUAGUGGUGAGGCUCCUAUUCUUUGAAUCACCAGCCAUAUUAUGCAUAGAUAUUUAUCAAAAGUACAUUUAUUUUGAGGAGAAAUUUGAUUUCUUUAUUUUUAUCUAGACAAGUAUGGAAAUGUUUAUUAAAGACUUUUUGAAUAAGAAUUUUACUGCAUUUU